AAUCCUCUUCAAACAACAUCUUGAUAAGAUCUCACUGGUAUAACUGUGUUGAGGUAGUGUUCACUCAAGCCAAAUCCUCCGUGAUGCUAGAGAAGAAAAUGGCUACUGUUUUAGUCCUUCUGUCUUUUGCAGUUGCUGUCCAGAGUGAGCUACCUGCUGAUUGUAACAGUCCCUGUCCAGAGGAAUACACUCCCGUGUGUGGCUCUGAUGGAAGGACUUAUUGGAACCUUUGUGAGUUGCAGGUGGCAUCAUGUCUGUCUGUUGUAAAAAUAAAUGCAAUUGCUGACAUGGAAUGCUCAGCACUUACCACUAAAACCACUACCACUUAUAAGACAACCCCAGAAUUAACUACCCCCAGUACCACGAAAAAACCAACAAGUACCCAAAAACCAACUGCCACUGUUGCUGUCCUGUCUAAGGCUACAACAACCUCAGCCAAAGUUUCCACUACUGUGAAACCUUCAGUUUCUACACAACAAAAGCCAAGUACAACCAACAGACAGUGUGUGUAUAAAGGAUGCCCCUCACCCUAUCCAUUUGUUUGUGGCAGUGACUACCACAGCUAUGCAUGUGAAAAUAACCUUGAGUAUUGGAAUUGUUACCGUGGCACCAAUGUCACUGUUGUCCACAAAGGUCAGUGUGGCAAGUGCCAACAGGUCAAGUGUCCACCUGAUGCCAGACCUGUGUGUGGUAGAAAUGGGAAGCAGUACCAAUGUAAAGAGGCCCUUGAUUACUUGAACUGUUUACAGGACACCAGGAUAGGAAUCCUAUAUGAAGGCCAGUGUUGUGAAAACAUAAGACGUUGUUACUAUAGCGAUAGCAGUGUGUGUGGUACAGAUGGAAAAACUUACAGUUGUGAGUAUACAUCUUGGAGUUGA